AGCGGCCGGUUUGAAAUCCUCUCAGUCCUCAGCUGCCUGUGUCUGAGGAGGAAGAGUCGUUUCCUGAGACCUAUAGAGAGCCACAGAAAUGGAUGAAUAUGCAAAGAUAGAGAAAAUCGGCGAGGGCACUUAUGGGGUUGUGUAUAAGGGGCGGCACAAGGCGACUGGUCAGGUUGUUGCCAUGAAGAAAAUUAGAUUGGAAAAUGAAGAGGAAGGUGUCCCCAGUACAGCAAUCCGAGAAAUAUCCCUCCUCAAAGAACUUCAACAUCCGAACAUUGUGUGCCUUCUGGAUGUUCUGAUGCAAGACUCAAGGCUAUAUCUUAUUUUUGAGUUCCUUUCUAUGGAUUUAAAGAAAUAUUUGGAUUCUAUCCCUGCCGGUCAAUACUUAGAUGCAAUGCUUGUAAAGAGCUACUUGUAUCAGAUUCUGCAAGGCAUUGUAUUUUGUCAUGCCAGAAGAGUUUUACACAGAGAUCUGAAGCCUCAGAACUUGUUAAUAGACAGUAAAGGAGUAAUAAAGCUGGCUGACUUCGGGUUGGCGCGGGCAUUUGGCAUCCCUGUUCGUGUUUACACACAUGAGGUUGUAACCUUAUGGUACCGGGCACCUGAAGUUUUGUUAGGUUCUGCGAGAUAUUCAACACCAGUUGAUGUGUGGAGUAUAGGCACUAUAUUUGCAGAGAUUGCAACUAAGAAGCCGCUCUUCCAUGGAGAUUCCGAAAUAGACCAGCUCUUUAGAAUAUUCAGAGCUCUGGGGACACCAAAUAAUGAAGUCUGGCCAGAAGUGGAGUCUUUGCAAGACUACAAGAAUACGUUUCCUAAAUGGAAAGGUGGCACCCUUGCUUCUAAUGUGAAGAACAUUGAUAAAGAUGGGCUUGACUUGCUAUCUAAAAUGUUGAUCUAUGAUCCUGCAAAGAGAAUUUCUGCCAGGAAGGCCCUGCUUCAUCCGUAUUUUGAUGAUUUGGAGAAGUCAAAUCUUCCUGCCAAUCAAAUUAGAAGUUAAAUCCUGACUUCCAUGUUGGGCCCCACGUACAGAAUUCUAUGAAUCACCACUUACUUUUACUAUUUGUGUAUAUCUAUGUGGUUUGUUGUGUUUGUGUAAAUUUUCUGCAAACUUUGCAGUUAAUGUACGUACUUGUAACCUUGUACUCUUGUAAAUAUUGUGUGCUAUGAACAGUGACAGAACUUACAGCAGAGACUGAAAUAAAGAGCUAUAUUCACUAGC